AGGAAAAAAAAAAACUAGACAAGACAAGGAAAGGAGAUAAAAUCUCAAAACCUCCAAAACCCUGACGGCCAGAUCUCAUUUCAACAUCGAUUUCCCUCUCCUCGAAUCCCCCGGUCCUCCAAUGGCUGCUUCUCCUUCGCUUCAGCUCUCGAAUCCAACCCAUCUGGCCUCUCCUUCUUCUCUCCCACUUGCGCCCUCCCCGCGUGGGCUCUCUGCGGUGGGCCGGAGGAGGGCCUCCCUUUGGCGAGGGGGAUCCACCGUGCGGUGCUCCUACUCCUCCUUCGCCCCAGUGGACUCGGCUAGGAUUAAGGUGGUCGGCGUUGGAGGGGGCGGGAACAAUGCCGUCAAUCGCAUGAUUGGUAGUGGACUGCAGGGAGUUGAAUUUUAUGCAAUAAACACCGAUGCCCAGGCUCUAUUACAUUCACAAGCAAAGAAUCCGCUACAAAUUGGAGAGCUUUUGACUCGUGGUUUAGGUACUGGAGGAAAUCCUCUUCUAGGAGAGCAAGCUGCUGAGGAAUCUAAAGAAGUUAUUGCCAAUGCUCUCAAGGACUCAGACCUCGUUUUCAUAACAGCCGGUAUGGGUGGAGGCACAGGAUCUGGUGCCGCUCCAGUUGUUGCCCAGAUAUCGAAGGAAGCUGGUUAUCUGACUGUUGGUGUGGUCACUUAUCCAUUCAGCUUUGAAGGGCGGAAACGUUCCUUACAGGCACUGGAGGCUAUUGAGAAGUUACAAAAGAGCGUUGAUACUCUUAUAAUAAUUCCAAAUGAUCGCUUGUUGGAUGUUGUCGAUGAACAUACACCUCUUCAGGAUGCAUUUCUUCUUGCUGAUGAUGUUUUACGACAAGGGGUGCAAGGGAUAUCUGACAUCAUAACAAUUCCUGGACUUGUAAAUGUUGAUUUUGCUGAUGUGAAAGCUGUCAUGAAGAACUCUGGAACUGCCAUGCUUGGUGUUGGUGUUUCUUCUAGUAAAAAUAGGGCACAAGAAGCUGCUGAACAAGCAACCCUUGCCCCCCUAAUUGGGUCAUCAAUUGAAUCUGCUACCGGGGUUGUGUACAAUAUAACUGGGGGAAAGGAUAUAACCUUGCAAGAAGUAAACAGAGUGUCACAGGUUGUAACUAGCCUGGCUGAUCCUUCUGCAAAUAUAAUAUUUGGAGCUGUUGUUGAUGACCGUUAUACUGGUGAAAUCCACGUGACAAUAAUUGCUACAGGCUUCUCUCAGUCUUUUCAGAAAACCCUCUUGACCAACCCAAAGGCAGCAAAAAUUGUUGAUGCCCGAGAAAACAAAGGUGGGGCUCUCCCCGUUAACACUGUGACCGACUCAUCUCCAGUGCCCUCGAUGCCCCGGAAGCUGUUCUUUUGAGUAUUUGUCUCUUCGACAACCUUUAUUUUGCUGCAGAAGGCAACUAACGUAGUGUUCCAGAACAGUCGGUUGCAUCCGACCUCCAAUCCAUGUAUACAGCUUCUCAUUUUGUUAUGUUCUUUGAGUGUAUGUUUUCUGUUUUUAUGCUUGAAAGACAGGAAAAAGAACUAUUUCGAUCCCAUGAUCUUUUUGAAUUUUUCAUAUUUUUUCCAUUUUAAUGGUGUAAGUAGUAAAUAACAGUCUAACUGGAGCUGGAUUAUAGGUAUGGUUUUUGCUACUAGUUUACUUCACAA